UCCUUUUAUGGAAGUUAGCUCUUACUCAUGGUUGGGGGUAAUCACCAGGCCUAUUUUGGAAGUUCUGUCACUGCGAUGGUACUAUAAAAGCCAUGAUGUGGGCUUCCUUGGAUCAAACUUGGAGAAAGCGACGAAAGAAGCGAAACAACGGCCAACGAGAUAUUCUAUCGCAAGCUUGAUCAGACUGCUAACCUUUCGCGCCAAAAUGUUGUACGACUCAAAUGCUGACGAUAUGGCGGCCCUUGUGGUGGACAAUGGGUCUGGUAUGUGCAAGGCUGGCUUCGCGGGGGAUGACGCCCCACGGGCCGUGUUCCCAGCUAUAGUAGGAAGACCUAAACACCAGGUGAUUAUGCAAGGAAUGGGAGCCAAAGAUACCUACAUCGGGGACGAAGCUCAGAGCAAACGAGGCAUCCUGGCGCUGAAAUACCCCAUCGAACAUGGCAUCGUCACCAACUGGGACGAUAUGGAGAAGAUCUGGCAUCACACCUUCUACAACGAGCUCAGAGUCGCCCCGGAAGAGCAUCCAGUCCUCCUGACUGAGGCGCCACUCAACCCGAAAGCAAACCGAGAAAAAAUGACACAGAUCAUGUUUGAGACGUUCAACAGCCCUGCCAUGUACGUUGCUAUUCAGGCGGUCAUGUCCCUGUACGCCUCGGGAAGGACCACUGGUAUUGUGUUCGAUUCUGGUGACGGCGUAUCACACACAGUCCCCAUCUACGAAGGUUAUGCGCUGCCCCAUGCCAUUGAGAGGGUGGACCUGGCUGGCCGAGACAUCUCUCAGCAGCUCUGCCGCAUCCUUCACGAACGGGGAUACUCUUUCACAACGGGAGCCGAGAUGGAGAUUGUCCGUGACAUCAAAGAGAAGCUUUGUUACGUUGCACUCGACUUCGAGCAAGACAUGGCCGCCGCCGCAGCCUCCAGCGCCAUCGAGAAGUCUUACGAGUUACCGGACGGACAGGUUAUAACCAUUGGAAACGAGAGGUUUAGGGCCCCGGAGUGUCUCUUCCAACCAUCCUUCCUCGGAAUAGAGUCAUGCGGGAUGCAUGAGAAGAUUUACAAUUCCAUCAUGAAAUGCGACGUUGACAUCAGGUCGGAGCUCUAUACCAGUAUCGUUCUGUCUGGGGGAACGACCAUGUAUCCUGGAAUCGCUGAUCGUAUGCAGAAAGAGAUGACAAGUAUGGUCCCAGGCGGAAAGAAGAUCAAGAUCAUUGCUGCACCAGAGAGGAAAUACUCGGUAUGGAUCGGUGGCUCAAUCCUUGCCUCUCUCUCCACCUUCCAACAGAUGUGGAUCAGCAAGCAGGAAUACGACGAGUGUGGACCAGGUGUUGUACACAGGAAAUGCUUCUAAACGAUACGAACUUUUCAGAAUGACUGUAAAUAAAUAAAGUUGCUCCUUUUCGGCAUUUACAAGUUUCUGUUAACAUAUGC